AUGGCCAUGAACAAAAAGGACGAGGACGAUGCGGGCAUCGUCAAGGUCGACCGGACGUCGGUCUUCCAAGAAGCCCGAGUCUUCAACACAUCACCUGUAUCGCCCCGAAAAUGCCGCAUUCUCCUGACCAAGAUCGCGCUCCUCCUCUUCACCGGCGAGAAGUUCCCCACCAACGAAGCGACCUCCUUAUUCUUUGGCAUAUCCAAGCUGUUCCAGAACAAGGAUGCCUCUCUCCGACAGAUGGUAUACCUGGUUAUCAAGGAGCUGGCGCAGACUGCCGAGGAUGUCAUCAUGGUCACGAGCAGUAUAAUGAAGGAUACCGCAGUGGGAAGUGACGUCCUGUACAGAGCCAAUGCCAUUCGCGCUCUGUGCCGGAUAAUAGACGCUUCGACUGUGCAGGCCAUUGAGCGCAACAUCAAGACUGCCAUUGUGGACAAGACUCCAUCUGUCUCCUCUGCGGCGCUGGUGUCUUCAUACCAUCUCCUGCCAAUUGCCAAAGAUAUCGUGAAAAGAUGGCAGAGCGAGACACAAGAGGCCGCCUCAUCGGCCAAGUCUUCUGGUGGUUUCAUGGGGUUCGGUGGCUCUUCGACGCAUCAGAUGGCUGCAGCGAAUACCAACUUCAUGACUCAGUAUCAUGCAAUUGGAUUGCUGUACCAGAUGCGCUCGCACGAUCGCAUGGCCUUGGUGAAAAUGGUGCAACAGUACAGCGCUGCUGGUGUCGUCAAGUCCCCAGCUGCCAGAGUCAUGCUUGUCAGACUUGCUGCUAAGCUCGCAGAGGAUGAUCCCAGCUUGAGGAAGCCCAUGAUGAAGCUUCUGGAUGAGUGGCUCCGGGACAAGAGCGAGAUGGUCAACUUCGAGGCUGCGAAGGCGAUCUGUGAGAUGCCAGAUCUUACUGAUGCAGAGGUCGGCCAAGCGAUCCACGUCCUGCAACUCUUCCUCACAUCGCCCCGCGCAGUCACCAAAUUCGCCGCGAUCCGCAUUCUCCACCAAUUCGCCUCGUUCAAGCCAGAUGCCGUGCGGCAAUGCAACCCAGAUAUCGAGUCCCUCAUCUCCAACUCGAAUCGCUCCAUCGCCACCUUUGCCAUCACCACACUCCUCAAGACCGGGAACGAAGCGUCUGUCGAUCGCCUCAUGACCCAAAUCAGCGGCUUCAUGGCAGAGAUAACGGACGAGUUCAAGGUGACCAUCGUUGAAGCCAUCCGAACGCUGUGCUUGAAAUUUCCUUCAAAGCAGGCACGUAUGCUUGCCUUCCUCUCUGGUAUCCUCCGUGACGAGGGCGGCUACGAGUUCAAGCGUAGUGUCGUUGAGAGCAUGUUCGACUUGAUUAAGUUCGUGCCUGAUAGCAAGGAGGAAGCGCUGGCUCACCUCUGCGAGUUCAUCGAGGACUGCGAGUUCACCAAGCUUGCGGUGCGCAUCCUUCACUUGCUCGGUAUGGAGGGACCAAGGACGGCUCAGCCCACGAAAUACAUCCGCUACAUCUACAACCGUGUUGUCCUGGAGAACGCCAUCGUCCGAGCAGCGGCAGUCACUGCGCUCGCCAAGUUUGGUGUUGGCCAGAAAGAUCCUGAAGUCAAGCGAAGUGUGAGCGUACUUCUCACAAGGUGUCUCGAUGAUCUUGAUGAUGAGGUCCGCGAUCGUGCCGCUCUCAACCUGAGACUCAUGAAGGAGGAGGACGACGACGUAGCAGCGAAGUUCAUCCGAAACGAUUCCAUGUUCUCCCUGCCUGUUCUCGAAGACCAACUUGCGCAUUAUGUGAAUGGCGGAAGCGCAGAAGCAUUCGCCAACCCCUUCGACUUCUCCAACGUGCCAGUCGUGACUCGCGAGCAGUCACUGGCAGAAGACCGCACGAAGAAGCUCACAACUGCAACUCCUACCCUCAAAGCACCCAGCGUGGGACCAAAGAAGACCGACACGAACGCAGCCGACGCGGCUCAGCAAGCUACCGUCGCUACUCAGAAGUACGCGAAACAACUGCAAGCAAUCCCAGAGUUCUCCACGUAUGGACCUGUGCUCAAGAGCAGCCCUGGCAUCGAGCUCACGGAAAGCGGGACCGAAUACGCCGUCACUGCGAUCAAGCAUCUCUUCAAGGAGCAUAUCGUGCUGCAGUACGACAUUAAGAACACACUCACCGACUAUGUUCUCACAGACGUCACUGUCAUCUCGAAUCCAUCGCCCUCUGAAGAAGGCGAGGAGUCACCGCUGGAAGACGACGGCUUCAUCAUCCCUGUACCUUUGCUCAAGACUGACGAGCCCGGCACCGUCUACACAUCCUUCUCCAGACCCGCCGACCAGGCAUUUAUCCCGGCAUCCUUCACCAACGUCCUCAAGUUCACGCUCAAGGAGAUUGACCCCACCACGUCAGAGCCGGAAGAAGAGGGCUACGAAGAUGAGUAUCAAGUUGGAGACCUGGAAAUCACUGGUGCCGACUAUGUUCUCCCUGCCUUUGCUGGCAGCUUUGACAACAUCUGGUCUGGCCUGCCUGUUGAAGAUGAAGUCUCAGAAACACUGCAGCUUUCGAAUGUCAAGGGUAUCACCGAUGCAGUGGAGCUCCUUGUUGGCGCUCUUGGUAUGCAACCUCUGGAGGGCACCGAAGUCGCACUGUCGACCAGCACACAUACCCUCAAGCUCUACGGCAAGUCGGUCACUGGUGGCAAAGUUGCCAGCACAGUGCGGAUGGCGUUCUCGGCCAAGUCUGGCGUUACAGUCAAGAUCACAGCAAGAAGCGAAGAAGAUGGCCUGGCCGCACUUGUUGUGGGCGGCGUGGCUUAA